CGGACGACAGUGAAAAAAUGGAUGUUGAUAARGAAGAAGGUCUUUCUACAGCGGAAUGGCUGGUUGAUAGAGCGAAACAAAGUCUAAAGCAUAAUAAUGUGUUCGAGGCYAAGUCUUGGCUACUGACWGCAAAAACGUUGUAUCCAAAAGACUUCAAUGUUCAGCAUGAGGCUUACAACAUUGAGCGAAAUACCAAGAAAGUUAAAGAAUCAGCAAAUUUAUUUUAUGAAAUGUUUGUCCAGUUUCCUAGUGAAAGUCUUUUAUGGGAAGACAUCCAGAACUUGACUGUUGCUUUAGAGGAAAGUGAACUGGAUCCAUCAAAAGAGUUUUUAAAAGAAAUGUUUAACUGCCUUCCUCAAAGUGCACAAAGGGAGAUUCUACUUCAAGCUGCAGGAAGAUGCAAAGACUGCAUUGAGAAAUGUCGUAUGAUGUUGUUGUUGAUGAGAAGGUUUCCUGAUUCUGUCCCUAAAAAUGGAAUUACAUUGACAGAUUUGUUGAUUGAUGCUGAAAGUACUGAAUAUCCUAACAACCCACURAAUCCAUACAGAAAACUUCUUGUGUGCGAUGUUCUUCCACAUUUAUUGGGAAGUGAAAGUAUUGAAGUGGAAGGUGUYUGGUCCCAAGAAAACCAGGAAACUCAACGYCCAGUCACUAURUCUCUCCAGACAGCCCUCAAAUGGCUUGAGCUUAGUAUCCAGUUUUACUCAUUUUGRGCWACUUAUGUUCAUGUGUCCAGUGUUGCUGAAGCACAGAUUAUGUCACCUGCAGUACAUGCUAACUCCCAUUUAAAUGAGACWAGAGAUAUUGUCAACAGUGUCCAGGAAGGAAAGGGAUCUUGGUUUGAAUUYUAUGAAAUAUUUUGUCAAAUUGCCAAGAAGUGCAGAUGGAAUGAAAUUUUAAAGAUACAAGAUAAACUUGACCCAUUUGUUCACAGGUAUAGCAACCCAGUGUUAACACCAAGCACAUCACUAGUUCUGAUUGAAGACAUGAGUGCUGAUAAGACUGGUACCAAUGAAGGAUGGGCAGGAGGUUCUCCUUCAGAGACAAGUAGUUCUGCUCCCAAGAAGAAAAAGAAGAAAGGAUCGACAGCUCCUCUGUCACCAUCAAGAGAAGAGCAACGAGCYAAACAAACAGCAACAAUCAUAGUCAAUAAAAACUGUGGCAGCAUUAGUUCCAGRAUCUCAGACGACUUUGUUGUAUCUGUUGAUACAUGGCACAUACUCAACACUCAUGUGGAUUAUAAAAAUGAGUUUACUAGAGUAUUAACUGAAUGGCACACUGAAUUGUGGAUUUGGAUGGAGACGUUUAAAGUGGAUAGAAUGGUCUAUAAGGCCAAGUAUAAAAAAGUGAUUGAUUUUCUUAAAGAACAAAAAAGCUUUCUACUAGCAGAUCCCAGCCCUGUAAARCAAGAGAUUUGUGGUCGAUGGAGUUUUCAACUUUCCUGCUGCUAUUAUUACUUGGCAGAAUACAAAAAUUCAUGUGCAGAAGCUUUGGAUGCACUUUUGAUGUUUAGCAAGAUGAGCUCAGCAGAUGUCAAGACGUUAAAGAGAGGACUUUCAACAAUACAUAACACAACGAGCAGAGAUAUUACAUCARUGUGUCAGGGAAAUGCACAGGGUCGCUUUCUGCAGCURAUCCCUUGCACAGAGAUGGAAGCUCUGUCAUUCUGUGUCCGCCUCCUUAUCACAUGUCUCAAACAAAAAAUAUCACAUGAAAGCCGCUCAGGAGAUCUUGUAGGUCACAUGAUUGUAUUACUUCAGUGUGAUUGGCCAAAAGAAGAGCGAACAUUUUACGAGCUGCUUGACAGGAUUCGGUCACAUGGUGGUCUUACGUACCGCAGAUUCUUUGAUUACAUCGUCAAUAUCGAUAUUUUAGAGGAAUUUUCGUAUCUGAACAGCGAGGGAGUGUUGAAACUAGAAUUGCUUCCAAAGUCUACCUCUUCUUCUCGGUCACGUACUGUCACGCGAGGAGUGAAUAAAGGAGCCAAAGAAGAUUUUCGAUCCGCUAUGGAAAAGCAAGUAUCACGCUGUGAAGAAAACGUUGACACCAUACUAAGAACGUUUUUGGAAGAGGAAAGAGACUCAAUUACGAAUAUAUUGUAAUAAAAUUGUAAAAUAACGUUAUUGAAGAAUUAAAGUAUACAUGUUUUUAUUAUUA